AUGCCUAACACUACCACUGACAUAGAGAACGAACCAGGAAGCUCCAUGCAUGGAGUUUCAGCUAAAGAAGAAGCCUUUGCUUUCUCUGUAACUUCUCCUUCAAUCCCAUCAGACCCAACUGCAAAAUUCUCCCUCCCCGUGGAUUCCGAGCACAAAUCAAAAGUCUUCAAGCUCUUCUCUUUAGCCAAACCUCACAUGGUCACCUUUCAUCUCUCCUGGCUCUCCUUCUUCACUUGCUUCAUCUCCACAUUCGCAGCCGCUCCUCUUGUCCCCAUCAUUAGAGACAACCUCAACCUCAAAAAAAGCGACAUCGGCAACGCCGGAAUCGCCUCUGUUUCCGGCUGUAUCUUCUCCAGACUCGUUAUGGGCGCCGUCUGUGACAUGCUGGGUCCGCGUUACGGUUGCUCAUUUCUUGUCAUGUUAUCGGCUCCGACGGUGUUUUGCAUGCCGUUUGUGUCGUCGGCCGGUGGGUACGUGGCGGUGAGGUUCAUGAUUGGAUUUUCUCUCGCAACAUUUGUGUCUUGUCAGUACUGGAUGAGUACUAUGUUUAACGGGAAGAUUGUCGGGCUGGUGAAUGGGACGGCGGCUGGGUGGGGAAAUAUGGGUGGUGGGGUGACGCAGUUGCUUAUGCCGUUGAUUUAUGAAGCGAUUAGACGUUGUGGGUCUACACCAUUUACGGCAUGGAGGAUUGCUUUCUUUGUUCCGGGAUGGCUACAUGUUGUUAUGGGGAUUUUGGUGUUGACUCUUGGUCAAGAUUUGCCUGAUGGUAAUCUUAAUUCCUUGCAGAAGACAGGAGAUGUGCCGAAAGAUAACUUCUUCAAGGUACUUCGGUAUGCAAUCACAAAUUAUAGGACAUGGGUAUUUGUUCUCCUUUAUGGAAUGUCAUUGGGUGUAGAAUUAACAACAGAUAAUGUGAUUGCAGAGUACUUCUUUGACAGGUUUAAUCUCAACCUGCACUCGGCCGGCACCAUAGCUGCCACUUUUGGAAUGGCGAAUCUCUUCGCUCGUCCACUUGGCGGGCUAAUGUCAGACAUGGCAGCCCGUCGUUUCGGGAUGAGAGGCCGUCUAUGGAACCUCUACAUUCUGCAAACACUAGGAGGCGUCUUCUGUAUCUGUCUGGGCCGAGCAAGCUCUCUCCUGCUCUCUAUCUUUUUCAUGAUCCUCUUCUCCAUCGGAGCACAGGCUGCCUGUGGCGCCACCUUCGGGAUCAUCCCUUUCAUUUCUCGGCGCUCACUCGGAGUCAUUUCCGGGCUCACCGGCGCCGGAGGAAACUUGGGAUCAGGGCUGACACAGCUGUUGUUCUUCACAAGUUCCAGGUACUCAACUGCGACAGGGAUUUAUCUGAUGGGGAUAACGAUUGUGGCGUGUACGUUGCCGGUUACUGUGGUGCAUUUUCCUCAGUGGGGGAGCAUGUUUUUGCCGGCUACAAAGGACAAGGUGAAAGGUAGUGAAGAGUAUUACUAUGGGUCUGAAUGGAAUGAGGAAGAGAAGCAAAAGGGAUUGCACCAUGGAAGCUUGAAAUUUGCAGAGAACAGUAGGUCGGAAAGAGGAAGAAGAGUUGUGUCAGUGGCAACACCACCUAGUUCCACUCCACCACACGUGUAAAUUAGUUAAUAUUUUACCAUAACAAAAUCAAUA